AUGCAAUCAUUCUGGAUUAAUAGGUUUGUAGGAUUUAAGUGGAUUAGGAAAAGCUUUAGCUUAAUCAGAAAGUAUUUAGUUUGUAACUUUAGAUUUGAGCGCUAAUGGCAUAAAUAAUUAAAUAUUGAGUUCCCUAAGUUUAGAGUUAUGCAAAAUGAUAAAUCUUAAAGCCUUGAAGAUAGAUUUAAACGAAAAUUAGCUGACUUAAUUAACCUUAGGGGAAGUGUUUGA